CAGACAUUGCUACACCUCCACAAACUCUUUGUCAUAUUUCUGCACACCCUCCUAGACUUCCGAAUCCCCUGGCCCUGUUGAGAGUUUAUUUUCGAGUAUGAUACUACUGCUACUACUACUAAUAAUACUACUAUAACAGAUCUUGUCAGACAUCAACAAGCCUUGUCAUAUCUUUUCAAACUUAUUCAUACACUGUUAGAAGUUUCCAAGGCUCUAAAAGAUCUUUCGGCAUCCUCGGGAAACUUUCUCAACGCUCUCUUAUACCUUUCCAUAUUCAGUACUCAGGUGGUUUAGUGCUUAGUUUUGAUAAUAAUAUUCCAUAUUCAGUUAGAUUUUUACUAGCUCAGGGUGGUCCUUUCCAAACUCUGUCAGGUUUCUGCAGGUCUCCGCACUCUGUAAACCCCUUCCCCAUUUAUAUUCUCCAGACCGUUCAGGAAGGCCUCUACAGGCUCUCUUAAACCAUUUUUGUAUACUAGUGCUACAGGCUGUAGGUGUAUCCAGAUAUUAUCAGACCUUACUAUACCGUAGGCUUUCCAUCAUACUGUUUAUAUAUACACAUGAUAUACAGUGACAAAAUUUUCGUGAUAUAUAUCUUACAUAAGAUUUUUUAACAUUUUGUUGUUAACGCAGACAAAGAAAAUGGAAGUUUUUUUGAAAGUGUAAAUAUUGGCAGUGUGAAGGGUAAAUGUUUAUAUUUUGACAAGCAGGUAGAUGUGACAGUGUGGUGAGUGUUGGAAUACAUACAUAGCGAGCGAGUGUGUUGAAAAGGACGCUUGUGUACAGCUCAAGAUAUUUAUGAAAUGAAACUUUUAGCACGCGUGGUUUCAUCAGGACUGACGAAGCCACUAGUGGCGAAACGUUUCCCUUAAUAAAUGUCCUAAACUAUACACGUGUCCUUUUCCACAGACUGUCAGUAUCACUAUACUAUUUACAACCGUGUGUGUGUUGGCGGCGACAGAGGUUCUUGUGUUGGUGCUGCAGAACCGUCAGUGGGGGUGUAGUAGUGUUGGUGAUGGUGGGGUGCCUUAAGGCUUCGUCACCACCUCCCCCACCCCGUGAGAGGGAGAACCCUCCUGUACCAGGAAUUCACCUGAGGGGACUGAGUGUCACCAUCGCCCGGGCCCCUGCUCUGGGCUUCACCCUACUUCAUUCACAGCAGGAGGGGUGCACCCCCACAGAGAAGGAGACAGGCUAUCCCAGGACUCCCCCCGCCCUACAAGAGCGCCCCCAGGGUCACACAGAUCUUGCCAGGGCUUCCUCCAGACAAGAAUACAAGGAGUACGUGGAUGGAAAGUUCCACAGGUAUGAUGAUCGCUCCCAAGAGUGUGUGGAGGCUGGCAGGGAGAACCCGGAGGCUGCGAGGACAUGCCAGGGGACGGUUCCGUACCAAGAGGAGCACCAUCAGAAGCCUCUCUGGUACCUAACCCGCACUACUGCCACUAUACUUCUUAUUCAAGGAAUCUUCAUCACGCUCUUCACCUACUAUGUCAGGUAUGGUGAGCUGGCGGACGCCUCGCAUGAAGGAAACAACGUUCAUCCCAUCCUUGGUGGUAACUAUUCUGAAGAGAACCCAGGAACUCUACUUCAUCACCAGCUAUUAAACAUAGAAAUAAUAGUGUUUGUUGGCAUGGGCAUGAGGUUGGCAUUCUUGCGAGAGUAUUCCUACAGUAGUAUGGGUUGGUCUCUGCUGCUGUCGUCCAUCACUCUGCAGUGGUCCAUUCUCUGUGGGGGAUUCCUCCAGGGCCAAGAAUUCAUUUACAUUGACAUUUACAGCUUGCUACGAGGGUGUAUGGCUAGUGUGAGUGUAGGAGUGGCUCAUGGUGCCGUGAUGGGACUGGCCUCUCCCAUUCAGUUGAUCGUCCUCACCCUCUCCCAUGUUCCUAUCUACACUCUCAGCAACCAUCUAGCCUCUAGUCACCUCCUGGCGGUGGACCGCGGAGGCUGCGUCACUGUACACAUGUUUGGUGCCUUGUUCGGUGUGUCGGCGUGCAGGGCACUGCGAGGUCACUGGUCGCUGUCUUCCACUCGUCUCACCUCCUCCACCACUACUCAGGUCACUGCCUGCAUCGGUACAGUGGUGGUGGUUGUGUACCUGGGAGAGGUGUGGUCGGUAUCCACUGUUGGUGACGACCAUCACAGAGCCCUCAUAAACACUCUCCUCGCCACGUUGGCAUCUCUCACCCUCGCCUUCCCAGCCUCAUCCCUCGCACAUACUCGCAGGAAGUUCUCACUGGUGAGACAGAGACACAACCAUCUUGAUAUGCUCCACCAGGCGUCAUACACUGCCGUCGAUCGUAGCUUAACGAAUAUUCAGCCGGUGUUACGGAGGCGUGCGGGCGUGGGGGACACAGCUGGGGUGGGCCCUGUCUACGGGGUGGCGGGCGUGAGGGCGGCCUUGCAGGUGUUUUUGGGCAUGGCUGCGGUGGCCAGCGAUAACUGGUUCUUUUGGAUACAGUGUGUGUGUGUAUGUAUGUAUGUAUGUAUGUGUGUGCGUGCGUACGCGCUCGCGAGCAGUGUGUAUGUAAUCUUCCCGGGGAUGUCACCAAGGCGGAACAGCGAGGCACAUUUGGAGGUGAUGAGCUACCUGCCGGUGCUUGAGGGCCCUGGUCGGACAGCAUCACAGCAGGCAGCCUACCAGCUGGCAGCACUCCUGGCCCUCAUUCUCAUUGCUCUGUUGGGCGGAGCUCUCACAGGACUGGCACUCCGUCUGCCUGUGUGUGAAAGACUGACUCAGGAUGAUCUCUAUAACGAUGCUUCUUACUGGCAGCUUCCACAGCCCUCCCCAGGCUCUUGUCAUGCCCAUACCCACGCCAGUACACAUGCCCAAAAAUUGACUCCAUCACCACAAUUGAAAUAAACUUAAAAACUA